UCUAUUACAUGAGUACAUAUUUUUUCCACAAAAUCAAGCUUGAUCACUAUAACCUUCUAUUAGAAAUUGAUUCCGGCAAAACUCCGGUGGCGUUCCUCCGCCGCGCUAUGCCCUCGUAGAAUCCCGAUCCUUCGAAACUGCCAAUUUUUCAUAUAUUUACUUCGAAGCUCACGGAAGAAGAAAGAGUCUGUCAAUCUCAUCUCUCUCACCCCACAAAAUCCGAAGCAGAGGUCAGCAUGAAUUGCGCGCGGCAUAGAUAGAAACUAUGCUCCCGCUUCGCUUCCACCUCUCCCUCCAUCGGGGCCUCCGUCCUCUCUCCCAUUUCACUCCCUUCGGGUCUAGGCGAACCCUAGCCUUCUCACUCGAAUCGAAACUGCGAUCGGUGACCAUGAUGUCGUAUAUCACCGCUACAGAGACAUCGCGAAGGCUUCUCUUUAGGCAGCUCUUUGAGAAGGAGUCAUCCACCUACACCUAUCUUCUUGCCGACAUUGGGCAUCCCGAGAAGCCCGCCGUGUUGAUUGACCCUGUAGAUAAAACAGCAGAUAGAGAUUUAUCUCUGAUUAAGGAUUUGGGAGUGAAGCUCAUCUAUGCUAUGAAUACUCAUGUACAUGCUGAUCAUGUUACUGGAACUGGCAUCAUAAAGAGUAAGGUUCCAGGUGUACAAUCAGUCAUCUCUAAAGCUAGCAAUGCGAAAGCAGACCAUCUAAUUGAGCAUGGCGACAAAAUAAGUUUUGGUGAUCUCUAUUUGGAGGUAUGGAAUUGUUGA